UGCAAACUUUGUCUAGUUUACUUUCUGAUCACCAGGCUGUGCCCUGAGCUUGGCUUCGGUCUGACGGCUUCUGCUUUGGAGCGGGUGACCGACAGCGAGCGCGUUUUCUGUGCAUUUAAAUGAAGCAUUCGCUGCAAAACAACGUGUUUCCAGAGCAGCUAGCUAGCUGGCCGGCUAACUCUGUUAGCAUGCUCCACAUUGUACCGCCUGUCUGACCAUGGUGGUGGUUGUUGACGGUUUCCCCCCCUCUGGAGCAGGUUGGAACAAGGAUGCAUAAUACCGCUGUUAGCUCGCAUCUUACAUCUCAUCAAUGUGUUGACAAACUUCGAAAAGUCCCACAAACAAACAAGGUUACAGCGAGGCACUUCACCUGUGUGAAAAACAAGUGUACACUGGUGUGAUCAUUCAGCUCUGAUUCUCUGGUUAGACCCAGCCUUUGCUCCUCUUCCUCGAGGAUCAUGGCCAAAGAUGCUGGUCUGAUUGAGGCCAAUGGGGAGUUGAAGGUUUUCAUUGACCAGAAUCUGAGUCCAGCCAAAGGAGUCUUGUCUUUGGUGACUGUUCAUCCACAGUCAGUUGCAGUAGGAAAACAACUUUUGCCAAAAACACUUGGCCCAUCAAAUGUCAACAUUGCUCCUCAGAUGGUCAUUGGGACACCUCAAAGGCCAAGCGGAUCCAACGUGCUUUUAAUGAACAGUCCUCACACACCCAGCUCUCAGUUCAUCACCCAGAGCCAACCUCCAGAUGCUUCCCCAUGGUCCUCAGGGAAAAGAAGUAAGAAAGGGGAAAAGAAUGGGAAAGGUCUGAGACAUUUUUCUAUGAAGGUUUGUGAAAAAGUACAGAAAAAGGGUGUUACCACAUAUAAUGAAGUUGCAGAUGAGCUGGUGGCCGAAUUCAGCUCUGGUGACAAUCAUAUCUCCCCAAAUGAUGCGCAAGUGUAUGAUCAGAAGAAUAUUCGGCGACGUGUAUAUGACGCCCUUAAUGUGUUGAUGGCUAUGAACAUAAUCUCGAAGGAGAAGAAGGAGAUCAAGUGGAUUGGGCUUCCCACCAACUCAGCCCAGGAGUGCCAGAAUCUGGAGGUGGAGAGGCAAAGACGUUUGGAAAGAAUCAAGCAAAAACAGUCACAACUCCAAGAACUAAUUUUACAGCAAAUAGCUUUUAAGAACCUUGUGCAGCGGAACCGUCAAACAGAACAGCAAACAAACAGACCACCCCCAGAAAAUUCUGUCAUUCACCUUCCCUUUAUCAUCAUUAACACCAGCAAGAAAACCGUCAUUGACUGCAGCAUCUCCAAUGACAAGUUUGAGUACCUCUUCAACUUUGACAGCAUGUUUGAGAUCCACGAUGACAUUGAGGUAUUAAAACGUAUGGGCAUGGCAUGUGGCCUGGAGGUUGGCAAAUGCUCUGCUGAAGACCUCAAGGUCGCCAGGAGCCUAGUGCCUAAAGCACUGGAGCCUUAUGUUACAGAAAUGGCACAAGGUCCAAUAAGUAACGUCUACAUGACGGGGACUUCAUCUACCAAUGGAGGUCGCUAUCAUAUCAGCAGUGAAAGUGGAGCAGAUGCAACAAUGGCCUCCAGCUCUAAUGACUCGCACUAUAGUGGUUCUCGGGUCGAGACCCCAGUUUCUUACAUGGACGACGACGAUGACGACGAUGACUAUGAUGAAAAUGAUGAAGAUGACUAACGUUCUCAGGCCACACUUCAUUCAACAGCUAUAUUCAUGGGGUUCAAUGUACACACACAAGGUCCCUCUCCCUGUCUGUUACUAGCACACCUUCAAUUUUCCCUCUCUCUUUUUAUCUCGAAGGGCAUUGAGAAGCAUGGGCUUUAAAGAGGUGUUUUGAUAUCAUCCAGCCCUUUCUGCUGUAUGGCUGUAGGCUGUUAAAUCUCAACAUUGUGCUAGUGCAGAUAUCUGGUCCUGAUCGCUCUAGUUUUCAGAACAAAAAAAAGGCUUUAUUCUUUUUUUUUGGACUUUGAAGUUGUAGCACUAUGCCAUCCAGUAUCUGCUGGAUUUAGCAUGACUUAAAAAUGAAAAAUAAAAAAAGCCUCUCAGUCAGACCCCAACCUGCUGUUGGAGAAUGUGUAGUGUGACCGCUGUAUAACAUGGGUAGAUUAUCUGCUUUUGAACAACUUUUUUUUUUUUUUUUUUUUUUUUUUGUUCUGGCUUAUUGGAUUAUUCUGAAGAGUCGGAUGGCUGCCACCUCUUAGACUGUAGGCGCUAAGAAUCAGCACAGCCAGCCACCAUUUCACCCCGUCGGGGCAAGUCUUUGGAUGUACGGACACUUUUUUUGUAAGAUUGGAGGAAUUCAUGGCUUUUUUUGUAGGUCUCUUCCCUGUGUGUGUGUGUGUGUGUGUGUGUGUGUGUGUGUGUGGCUUCCUGUUAUUCUGUGGGCAGCUGUUGUAGGGAGCUCUGUUGAACAGCCAUUUUUGUUGUUGUUUGAGCUUUGGAGGUGAACCUCCCCUGUUGUUUCUUUUUGUGUUUUACAACUGACACUCAUCAGGAUUUAGAGAAACUUUAUUAUCCACUGAAAUUUAUAGGAAAUCGAACCUUAAAGAUUAGUUUCUCAUUUUCUUUCCUGGUCAGUAACACUACGGAGUAUGUAUGAUUAGUAUCCCUGUAUGGCAUAUAUAUAUAUAUUUUUUGGACUCCCCUGAAAAAAAAAAGUACAAUUGUACUGACUCCACAAAAAUAACUUUUCUGUAAUCUAAUAUAAGUUUGAAAAAUAAAACUUUAAAUCAAUGUUUUAAAAACAUUGAACUCAAGGUGUUUAUUGGUGACAAUGUAAUAUUACUAAUUACAAUAA